GUAAUAUCAGCAAAAUUAUUGAUACUUGAAAAUCAAUAUUUAAUAAAUGUAGAUUUACAUUAAUUCUUAAUGUGUUCUUAUUAAUAUUUUUUAUUUUUAUAUAUUGAUUGAAUUUAAGAUGAAAUCACUGAGUACUGUGACUAUUGUGACGCACCAAAGUACUUAAGUAAUCUGUCGUCUUUUUCAAUAAGAUUUGAUUAUUCCUAGUCUAAUCGUCCAAUGUCCGUGGCCCGUAAUCUACAAAAUCUAUAUGGGUUAUAGGUGAUGAGCAAGUGCGAUUGUGUUCUAUGAAUUAAUUUUACUUGGAAUUUAAAGAUGACAAGAAAAUGUGCAAUAUGUAAAAGUAAAAAUUACAAAAAUACUUAUAGUUUCUUUUCAGCGCCUAAAGAUCCAGACACUCGACGUUUAUGGCAAAAAGCUAUCAAUAUAAAAGAUUAUGUAGUUAACAAUGAAACAUUUGUUUGCAGUAAACAUUUCAAAAAAGAAGAUAUUAUAACCCAUUGGGUUAGUGGAGUACCACCUCAAGUAAUUACAAUUAAGUAUAAAAAAUGUAGACUUAGAAGAGGAGCAAUUCCUAUUCCUAUAAAUGUAAAACAAACUGUUGACGAUGAUACAUCUGAAGAAUUUAAAAAUGAUGAAAUUAUUUUGGAUGGUAAAAAAUAUUGUAAAAAUAUAGAUCUUUCCAAUACUGAAGGUUUCAACGAUAGUUCAAAUUGUAACUUAGAAGAUGAAAUUUAUGAAUAUAUACCUGAAGAUUCACAAGGAUCAGCAGAGUUCCAAGAUGUUCCAAUGGAACCAAUGAAAAAAAGAAAAAUAAAUGACAGUAAUGACUGCCAAAAUAAAUUAAGUAGCAGCACUAUUGAUGAGAAUAAAGAUAUCAUGUAUAUUAAUUAUACUAAUUCAAACAGUAUUUUUACAAAAGAAAACAAUGAGUCUAUUCAAAUUCAUAUUGGAAAUGGACAAAAUAUUUUAACAUAUUUCCCACGGAAAUCGUAUUUGAAAAAUAACGAGAAAGUGUUUAAGAAGCCUUUAUCAACUUUAUGUACUAAAUAUCAACAAAUAAUAAAAUCUGUAAAUUACUGGCAUGUUGAUCAACUCAAUGAAAAUCUUGAAAUUAGUGAAUUUAAUCAGAAACUUUCAAAAGAUAACAGUUUAAUACAAGAGAUAGCAAAUAAUGAUAGUUAUUCAAUGCUUUUUGAAGAUUUUUUGGAAAUAUAUAAUGAACUUUCAUUACCUAAAAACUGGUCAGCUUCUAUGAUCUGUAAAGGACUUGCAACUACUAUUCUAUACUCUUGUAUGAAUAUUUCUAAUACUGGUAUGCCUUAUAUUGAAAAAAAAGUAUUUCUUAAUGAUGAAAUGAUAUUACGUUGUGGUCUUUUAAAUAAAGAAAUAAAAAUCAAUAGUUUAUUGAAAGAUAUCAAAAGUUUCAAGGUGAAUUCAUUAAUAGAUAUAGAAGAUAUUAUUGAAAAAUUAGAUAAAAUUCCUCUAUGCAUAGGUGUACCCAAUAUGAAUUUUGAAGAUGAAAAGAAUCUUAUUACACUUGCUGAUAAUGUUCAAAGACAUCAAGAUUGUUCAUUGAUUAUAGAUAAAGAAGAAUCAAUAUGUUAUAAUUGCUCUUCUCUACUACUAAUGAAUGGCAAAAAUUACCAUGAGAAUGAUACAUAAAAAUUGAAAUGUUAUAAUAUGCUGCUUAUAAACUUCGUCAAUUUAUUGAUUUUUAUAUACAACUUGUGUUUAUUUUUUACAAUUGUAACAAAUUCUAUAAUUUAAGAUAUUUUUCCUAGUGAUUAUUUUUAGCUUCUUCGUAAGAAGUAAAAUGCUGCUCGGCUAGGCCAUGAGCCAUUGACCGGAACAAGUGGUAUUUACUAGGGGCAAUGUCAGGUGAGUAUGGCGGGUGGAGUAGGACAUCCCAUUGAAGCGCCUCUAAAGUAUCUAACGAUGUUUGCAACAUGUGGCCGAGCGUUAUCGUGCUGAAAAAUCACUUUGUCGUGUCUUUUGGUAUAUUAGGAGCAUUCAAUGACCUUCAAUGCUCGGUUCAAUUGCAUGAAUUGUUAUUGAUAACGUUCCUUAGUAAUGGUUUCAUUAGGAUGGAGUAGCUCAUAAUAGAUCACUCCGAGCUGAUCCCACCAGAUACACAGAAGAAACUUCUUGCCAUGAAUAUUUAGUUUGGCCGUUGAAGUUGAUGGAUAGCCGGGCUUACCCCACGAUUUCCUGCGCUUUGGAUUGUCAUAGUGGAUCCACUUUUCAUCCCUCGUUACGAUCCGAUGUAAAAAUUUCUUACGAUUGUGCCUUUGAAGCAGUUGUUCUCACAUGCAAAGACGACAUUCGACGUCUCUUGGUUUGAGUUCAUACGGAACCUAAGUUCCAUGUUUUUGCACCAUACCCAUGGCCUUGAAACAGUUUGAAAUUGCUUGCUGCGUCAUCCCUAAAGUUUCAGAGAGCUCUUCUUGAGUUUGGCAUGAAUCUUGGUCCAAUAACGUAUCCAACUCAGUGUCCUCAAACUUUACUGGCCUUCCUUCGCAUUCUUUGUCGCUAGUAUCAAAAUCGCCAUUCUUAAAGCGCCGGAAUCAGUACUCAUAUAUUUUUAUUGAUGAAGCAUGUUCCCCAUAUGCUUCACACAAUAAUCGAUGUCCAUCAAUUACACUUUUCUUUAAAUAAAAACAAAAAAGCAGCGCUUCCCGCAAAUUGUGUUUUGUUGGCACAAAAGUUGACAUGGUUAGGAUACAAAAAAUCUGUUGUUUAUCCUUCAGCUUAACGACACAUACUGAUUUUUGAAGGGAAAUGAUGAUACUUUAGCGUGGAGAUAGUUACAAUAGUACAUUACAAUACAAUUGCGGGAAAGUAGAUUGUUGUCUCGUGUGACAUUUACAAUCGUGGAAAGGUACACGAGACGAGAAUCUCUUUCCCGAACAUGUGCUGUACCGUAUUUUUUUAUAUGAUGUGUGGAAAGUGCGAUUUUCAACGCACGUUUUCUGCCGAGCGUGUGGGAAAGACAUAUUUUUCGCACGGGUUAUUGAAAUAGUACAUUACGAUACUAGUGCGGGAAAGUAGAUUCUUGUUUGGUGUGGCGUUUACGCCCGAGCGAAGCGAGGGUGGAAAGGUACACGAGACGAGAAACUCUUUCCAAUACAGACGGAAAUUGCACGCAGCAAGCGUAAAACCAAGAAAUUCUAAGUGCUGCUAACUUCGAAGUGCACAAUGAAUUGAAAAGGCAUAAUUCCUAUUGUACAUACGUAGCCUCAAAAAAUUGUAAAUGUAAACAUGAAGCCAAUUGACAACU